AUGGGCAAGCCGCGGACUCUGGACGUGGGUACUGACGCCCAUAAGGUGCCAACGAAGGUUUCGCGAAGAGCGUCAGCUGCCAGAGUCCGCCGUACGACAUUGCUGAUACGACAUAAUCUGUAUGAUGACGAGGUAGAUAAAAUUUUGGAUGCCGUGGAAGACGGUUCUCCUUCGUACUCAACAAAUACGUACGCAGACAGCGCUCAAACGCCGAAGGCAAAGCCCGGCACCGCUGGGACGCUCCUGUCGACUGUCAAGAGGACAAUCCCCCGACCUUCCUUUGACAUCGAACAGCAUGAGCGUGCGAUAGACGAACGUGGGGUCCAGGAUUCCCUGCCUGAUGAGGAUGGGCAUUCGGAGGCGGAGGACGAAGACUACUACGAGGGUCACAGUAUCACUCUACGGGACAUCCUCUUGAAGGCAACCGACGUAAAUGGAGCGCCAGACAGCCUACUUGGAGAGGCGGGAGACGACCUAGAUGACGAAGCCUUUGAAUGGUGA